AUGCUUUGCGCAAUUUCCGGAGAGCCACCACAGGAACCAGUGGUUUCAAAGAAAUCCGGUAACGUUUACGAGAAGAGAUUGAUCGAAAAGUAUAUCGCUGAAUAUGGAAAAGACCCCGUUAGUGGAGAAGAAACUAGUGAAGAUGACUUGUUGGAAAUAAAAGCAAGUCCAAAAACGGUCAAGCCUCGACCACCUACUCUGACAUCAAUUCCAUCGCUACUGGCCGUCUUCCAAAACGAGUGGGAUAGUUUGAUGUUGGAGACAUAUACUUUGAAACAGCAGUAUCAACAAGUUCGACAGGAACUAAGUCAUGCUUUAUAUCAACACGAUGCUGCAUGUCGAGUAAUCGCUAGACUGAUAAAAGAGAGAGAUGCUGCGAGAGAAGCAUUGGCGAAUGUUCAGGCACAUAUCAGCAUUCAACCUCCUCCGGAUGCAGCCGUGGCGGAUCAUCCGAUGGAGGUGGAAGAGGAAACGAAGGGCAUUAAUGAUGCGGUCAUAGAGAAGUUGAAUGAAACCAGCAAAACCUUAUCGAAAGAACGUAAAAAGAGAAAGGCACAACCCAACCUCACUCCAGUUGAUACAGUGAAACAUUUCACUCAAUUAAAUGUUAUCGGCUCUCUACACUCUGCCUCAUCUCCCGGAAUAACUUGUCUUGAUCUUGACCAGACAGAGGAACUCGUGCUUACCGGUGGCAACGACAAAAAAGUAUUAAUAUAUAAUUUACAAGAAGGCAAAGAUGUAUGCGUCCUAAAGGGUCACACGAAAAAGAUCACUGACGUUUCAUGGUUGGGAAGACCUGAAGGCGAUCUUGGCGAUGUGGCAUUCUCCUCAAGUGUAGAUAAGACUGUCAAAGUAUGGAAACCCAAUGAGAAAGGAUACAAGAUUGCUAGCACCAUCAGCUCCCAUUCGAGCGAAGUCACUGGCAUUGCGGUUCAUGCCACAAAAGAUUAUUUGGUGUCUGUGUCAAAUGAUUCGACAUGGGCAUUCCAUGAUAUAGCGACUUCACAGACAUUGGUCAAGAUCGAAAGCAAAGAUUUUCAUCCUGACGGAUUAAUCUUGGGAACGGGAACAAACGAUUCGGUCGUUAGAAUCUGGGAUGUAAAAACUCAACAGAAUGUCGCAUCAUUCCCCGAUCAUACUGGUCGCGUUACAUCAAUCUCAUUCUCUGAGAACGGCUAUUAUCUCGCUACGGCAUCAGAAGAUAAUUUGGUUAAAUUGUGGGAUCUCAGAAAGCUAUCGAAUUUCCAAACUUUGACUGUUGACGCUGAUGCGAAAGUUAACAAGGUGGCGUGGGAUUACAGUGGUCAUUAUUUAGCUGUGGGCGGCACUGACGUUAGAAUUUAUCAUUCUAAGACUUGGAAUGAACUUUCGGUUAUUUCCGAGAAUAUGGCAGAUAUUACGGGUAUGAAAUUUGGAGAAUUGGCGAAAUAUUUGAUUGUGGGCGGAUUAGAUCGUUCAUUGAGAAUUUAUGGAUACGAUCAAUCCGAAUAA